GUACUGGCAGCCCUAAAACUGGGCCGCUCGGUCUCGUGCGAGUAUCACCUUGGUGACACCACGUGUUGUACUUCCUCGACAAGGCAGCACAUUCUGCAACCCAGAGACUGCGGAUCUACCCUCAACUCACAUCGUAAUCAUGUCAUCGCCACGUCGAGUGGUCGUGCGGCUGCGGCCAGGUACUGAUGGCAAUGCAUCCCAUGUGCCUAAACCCGGCACACAUACACAGCUAAACCCACCUACACUCUAUCUCGAGAAGAUCGGUGAUCAGUGGAUGAAAGCUCGAGGCGAGGCUCAGCCUGGUGUGAAGUACAUCCUGGAGAGUUUACCUGUGGGUUAUACAUUAUGGCAGCGUCCUCGUCCGAAAGAACCGAAGCACUCGGACAGGUACUUGUACGGGCAUCCUGACGGCAAACCCUUCGACUCACCAAACCGCUUCUACCCCCACUUCCAACAUCUGAUGGACAAUGCCGGAGACCGUAUGGGAUGCCCUUGCACAGUCUGCAACAGCAGCUCUGGUGUGCUUCCCAAGAGCUCUUCAAGCAGUAUCAAGGCGGCCCCAUCCGCGCAGUACAAAGGACGGCCCAAACUGCUUGGUGUCGGGAUGGACACCACUCGAGUAGACGAAGAAGGAACCCCAGACGUCUAUCGCAACCUCAUCAACAAGCUCCGCCGCCAGGGGGAGAUCGAUGAAACUAUUCAAGAGCCUAUGAGCCUAGACUGGCGAGCUGAGCAAGAGACUUUGCCUGGACUACUCCGAAAGCUCAAAGACAGUCCGCAAUGGGUCCCACGCGUCGGAGACAUCGUACUCUAUGUGCGAGAACUUCCCGAACACUUUCACAUCAUUCGUCACCCGAUCACAGGUGAUUACAAGAUGUAUGACGAGAAGACAAAGCUGUGGCUUGAUCACCCCACCUGGGAAGCUGGGCUGGUUGGGCAGACGCCAGCUGAGUCGAUAUCCAUCGAAGACAUCUGCGAUAACGGCGACAAGGAGAGCAAUGUCACAUACUCUGGUGUGCGUGUCGAGCCCCUGCCAGAUGUCAACAGCUUAGAUAAGUCAUUGUCGAAGCGGCACAAAUACAUACCCGUUCGGCACACCCGUCCUUUCAUCCUGUGGAAGCAACUCCUUCAUCAGGUUCCUAAGUGGCAUCCAACCAUCUUGAACGCUCAAGCGGUGACAUCGACGUUGUCACUUACCGGCAAAUACCAUUUCAAGGGCGCGUGGCCUGAAGCUUCUAUCUACUGCCGUGGCAUGUACAUCGGACACGAGAUGCUCGCAGUUGGCGACGCAGUUCGACUUUUACCAAAUAUCAACCAUGGCCAGAGGACCAGUACCGAUAUCCUCGUCAUAAAGUCGAUUCGUCUCAAGUGGUCUAACAUCGACAAUGCAUCCGAUAACGACUGGGAUGAAGGGACACCUUACAACUCUGCCGUAUGGAUCUACGGCGCAGCUUACACGAGCGACCCAGCCCGGAUGAACAAAGAGUGGCUCUCAGACGCCCACCCACCCAAGGCAGCCGAUGACUAUGGAGAGUGGUAUCCGCUUCACCAGCCCUCGAAAGAGCUUGCCAUUCCAUAUUCUCGCAUACUUGGCCGGUUAUACGAGCGUGACGCAAUGGCGCUUUGGUUGAACACCAAGUCUAACGACCUUCCUUUGCUCGACACUGGACGAGAAGGCUUGGUCGAAUCGCGUAUCUUUUCUAGACAGCAUGACAAUCGCAUCGCACGUGAGCUGGACGCGACUUGGUACUGGGGCGAUAGCCGCGCCCAAGCUCUCGACCUCCACAUCAUCAAUGGAUUAGACGUUGCGGCCCACGAUCGAUUGCGCGACCCCAAAGAGUGGCGCAAGAAGAUCAAAGUAAUGGAAGGAAUGACCCUGAAUAAAGGUGUCCCCGCUGCAAGGCCUACUGGCGGUCCUGGCCUAGCUGGACAGAACCUACGCGGGUUUAUGGCGCCUGCGUUAUCCAAUCUACCCGUCCGCUCACAACUGUCUAGAACUACUGACGCUGCAAGCACGAGUGGCAGCGUAACGGGCUCCUUGACUACCGGACAGAGCUCAGCCACCGGAGCGUCGAGGAAGCGAUCGCACAUUAUCAACCUCAGCAGCGACGAAGAGGACGAUAAAGACGAUGAAGUCAACGAAGAAAUCAAGCAGACCAUGCGAGUUGUCGAAGACAGUAGCCAGGUGCAGGCAAAGAAAGCUCGCGUCACUGUUGUCAUCGUCUGAAAACAUCAGGAGCAAACUCCAGGAUGUGAUUGGCUCUCGAGACGGAAAAGACGAGAUCGUGCACCACAACCGCGCGAUGGGAGCGUGGGACUGCACGCACGUAGGGAAGACGAAGGAGCAUGUUAGGGCAUGUAUGUUAUACCGACAGCUAUACGAUUGGCUGUGCUAUACAAUGGUACUAUGAGCGACGGAUGACGUGUUGAUACCUCUAGUUCGACUGACAGGAUAUCAUGUGUGUCAAGCUGAAGUCGACAAUGCCACACCAGGGAUGUGAUUGCAAGAAUAGACAAAACCACACCAUCAACAAAUCGAACCAU